AGUCGGUCCCGGCCUGCAGUUGCCGCCGAGGAGCCGUGGGCACGAUGACUCUGCACCGCCUCCUCGGUGACGCACCGGCUGCCGGGAAUGGCCCCCGCCGGCCGCCGUCGGGGGCUUCCCAGUGCCAAGCCUGGACGCCGGGGCCCGUGAGGGGGCGGGCUGAGGGUAGGGGGGUCUGUGGGCAGGACCGAGGAGUUGGGGCGGCUUCCGUCCUCGGGAGUUCGGAACUAUAUAAAGUUCAGAAAACAUGUCUCGAAGAUAUGACUCCAGGACCACUAUAUUUUCUCCAGAAGGUCGCUUAUACCAAGUUGAAUAUGCCAUGGAAGCUAUUGGACAUGCAGGCACCUGUUUGGGAAUUUUAGCAAAUGAUGGUGUUUUGCUUGCAGCAGAGAGACGCAACAUCCACAAGCUUCUUGAUGAAGUCUUUUUUUCUGAAAAAAUUUAUAAACUCAAUGAGGACAUGGCUUGCAGUGUGGCAGGCAUAACUUCUGAUGCUAAUGUUCUGACUAAUGAACUAAGGCUCAUUGCUCAAAGGUAUUUAUUACAGUAUCAGGAGCCAAUACCUUGUGAGCAGCUGGUUACAGCACUGUGUGAUAUCAAACAAGCUUAUACACAAUUUGGAGGAAAACGUCCCUUUGGUGUUUCAUUGCUGUACAUUGGCUGGGAUAAGCACUAUGGCUUUCAGCUCUAUCAGAGUGACCCUAGUGGAAAUUACGGGGGAUGGAAGGCCACAUGCAUUGGAAAUAAUAGCGCUGCAGCUGUGUCAAUGUUGAAACAAGACUACAAAGAAGGAGAAAUGACCUUGAAGUCAGCACUUGCUUUAGCUAUCAAAGUACUAAAUAAGACCAUGGAUGUUAGUAAACUCUCUGCUGAAAAAGUGGAAAUUGCAACACUAACAAGAGAGAAUGGAAAGACGGUAAUCAGAGUUCUCAAACAAAAAGAAGUGGAGCAGUUGAUCAAAAAACACGAGGAAGAAGAAGCCAAAGCUGAGCGCGAGAAGAAGGAAAAAGAACAGAAAGAAAAGGAUAAAUAGACAGAAUCAGAGAUUUUAUUACUUAUUUGGGGCACCAUUUCAGUGUAAAAGCUGUCCUACUCUUCCACACUAGGAAGGCUUUGACUUUUUUUAACUGGUGCAGUGGGAAAAUAGGACAUUACAUACUGAAUUGGGUCCUUGUCAUUUCUGUCCAGUUGAAUACUUUAUUGUAAUGAUGAUGGUUACUCUUCAUGGACAUCUUAAUCUUCCACACACAUCCCCUUUUUUUGGAAUAAAAUUUGGAAAAUGGAAAUGAAGGAAAAA